CGUGGUUGAGUAGCUGAAACUGAAAUAGCUCUGCUAACGAUCUUUACCUUCCUUUUACAACAAGUAUGGCAGGAGAAGAGAGAGGGAGCUGCCUAGAGGAGUCCUGUGGAGGUCCCACGAGAGUGGCCAUCACCCUAACACACGUACAAUACCCACAAGGGGACCUCCUGGGGAUGGUGCUGGCCUGGUUCAGUCUCCUGCCUAUAUUCAUUCUAAUUGGAUUCACUACACUCAUUCUGUUCCGGAGAGACCUGCAUACAAUAUUCUUCUGUCUGGGUGUUGUGUUGAAUGAGGGUUGCAACUUUUUACUCAAACACAUAAUCAAAGAACCAAGACCCAACAGCACCUCGUAUGAUGGUGAUCUGUUUGUUAAGUAUGGCAUGCCAUCAAGUCACGCUCAGUUUAUGGCUUUCUUUGCUACUUAUUUCACCGUUUUCCUGUUUGCAAGAGUCAAGUUAUCAGUUGGUUCCUAUGACUACGCCUACAAGGGGGUGACAGCAGGUGUAGCAAUCAUGGGAAUGCUUUGCUGCUGCAUCAGCAGACUAUACCUUGGCUACCACUCCGUAGCUCAGGUGCUGGUGGGUGUGGGGGGAGGGUGUCUGGCAGCCGCUCUGUGGUUCCUUCUAGUGCACUUUGUACUGUCUCCGUACUUCCCACACAUCUUUGCAUGGAAAGUGUCCGAGUGGCUUCUGAUUAAAGACAUGUCGUGUGUUCCUAACAUUCUCUGGUUCGAGUACACCUCACUACGACAGGAAACAAGGAAAAGAAUGCGAUUCAAGUCUCAAUAAUGAACUGUCAAUGUGAUUUUGGAAUCUGUGUUUAUUUUAUAAAUUACAAAUGAAUAGGUAUGUAUUUCUAUUG